AUGCACGGCAAGAUCACCUUCUACGAGGACAAGAACUUCCAGGGUCGCUCCUAUGAGACCAGCAGCGACUGCUCCGACAUGGCCUCCCACCUGAGCAGGUGCCACUCCUGCAAGGUGGAAAGCGGCUGCUUCAUGGUGUACGACCGCACCAACUACAUGGGGAACCAGUACUUCAUGAAGAGGGGCGAGUACUCCGACUACCAGCGCAUGAUGGGUUUCGGUGACUGCAUCAGGUCUUGUCGUAACAUCCCCAUGCACAAAGGGUCCUACAAAGUGAGGAUCUACGAGAGGGAGAACUUCGGCGGUCAGAUGAACGAGCUGAACGACGACUGCGACAACAUCCAGGACCGCUACCGCAUGUCCGACUGCCAGUCCUGCAACGUGAUGGACGGCCACUGGCUGAUGUACGAGCAGCCCCAGUACAGAGGCAAGCAGAUGUACAUGAGGCCUGGAGAGUACAGGAGCUUCAGGGACAUGGGAUACGAUGGAAUGAGAUUCAGCUCCAUCAGACGCAUCACUGACUCCUGUUAA